CUAGAUCUCGCAGCCGAGCUGUGCCAGCUGUGCCGGCGCGGAUGCAUUAGCUGCCUGCGCAAGGACCUGGGCAGCCAUAAUCACGGGGCUUGGCACCAAUCAACCACCGCGCGCUGCCGCUACGCGCCCAGCCAGGCGCUUAGUCUCUGGUACAGACAACGAUGAGCGAGGAGCUGCCGCGCGAGGAGGGGCUGCCCGCAGAGUCCGAAGAGUCCGAGCGGUGGAUCUCGAACCUGUUUUCAGCACUGCCCGAAGGCCGGCCGAACCUGUUUUCAUUGGGCGUUCGCGCGGCCGAGCGAACGGAAAUCUCUCGAGUCCGAGUCUGUGCCACCUGUCGGCGCUCCCUCGAUAAGCUCAAUUUCAGCAGGACGCAGUGGAACAAGAAACAAGUAGGCGUCUCGCGGUGCUGGGAAUGCGUCUCGUCGGAUCUUGAGGCGCCCGAAGCGUCCGAGCGGUGGACCACCGAGGCCGAGGCGGACGUCCCGAGGGAGCCGUUCGAUUGGUAUCGGCGGCGGGCGCGCGAGCGCGCGCGCGAACGAGAGGUGCGUCGCAACGAGGACUACGACGCAGAGGCGGCCGAGCGAAGGCCGGCCCAGCGCCUCAAUAAAGAGGAGCGAACAGUGCUGUGCUGUCUCGUCUUAGGUAUCCUGCUCUACUUCUGCUGCGUGGUCGUGGCGUUUGCUGCGCUCGCCGACGUUCCCUCGGGCUGCGCGGUCGCCCUCAUCAUGGUCGCGUUCGCUUUAUCGUUCAAAAGCGGGGAAAAAGAAAACCGUUGCCGCCUGCGCGCCGCCCUCGUGAUACAUGUACUAGGACUGCUCCUCCUGGUCGUGGCCAUGGUCCUGCUCGCCAUGAAAACGCACCGCGUGAUGUCGCUAACUCCAGAUCCGACGUGCGAGCCCUGGGCGGGCUCCUGCCAAGAGGGCGGCCAGCGCUCCGACGGGCGCACCGAGUGCUCCGACUGCUCCGACGAGGUCUCGUGCGUGGACGUGUCCGCGGCCGGGCUCUGGUGGUCCGAGAGGGGCGCCCGGUACUUCCCGGCAUCGGAAAAAUAUGGCAGAUACUGGGGCUGGGGAAGGACAAGACGCCUGAACGGGUGCGGGAUCCCACAAAAACCCUCCGAACGGCUCGGGAUCCCAGAUGGCUCGUUCGGUGCGAGCGGAAAUACCGAACAGAAACGCCGGUGGGAGGCGGCCAAAGAAACGGGUGACUGCCGGCCGCUCUUCACGAGCCAGGCCAAGUGCGAAGAUUACUGGGGACGCUGGCAGGACGCGUGGAGCGAGGAGUGGGGCGGCGCGUGCAUAGUCCGGCUCUUGUUCAAUGCGGCAUUGAUAUUCUACGGUUUCUCGUUUUUUUCCGAGAUUGGUCCGGACAUCUUAUUUUUUUGCUUGCUUACCAGAUAGGCCGCCUAUAACAUAUCCCGUCGACGGGAUAUGUCAGCACCGGACUUGGCACCGGGCUUGUGUGGGUUUCGACCGACCGGUAGGAAGCUAAGUGACGCACAACCA